ACCAAUGACACACUUACCAUGCAGCUGUCAAGUCGAUCAAGCCUCCUCGGCCGAGUUAAAGUUAUACAAGCUUUGGCGAUGGUGUCUCAAACGCAAACCAUGCUAGAUCCGGAGCGACAAUUUCAGAGGCAAUCAAUGCUUCUUGGAUAGGUACAUGCUGCUUUCUCGACCAGUACACUUUCUGCAACGAAGCCUACGAAUUUAGCCAUGGAACUAGAGAUACGUCUUUCCUAUCCUUAUAGACGCAUGCAUAUUGCAUGGCGUCAAAUGGUAGGACUAAAAGUCAGUGAUGGCGGGACAAGCUGGUAUGCAGAGGUUCCCGUCCCGCGUUCAGAUCCCCAUCACUCAAGCUUGACAUCAUAUCUCAUCACUAUUAAACGCUACCUCACUGCCCACCAUGCUUCUCAGUACCUUCCUCCUCGCCAUCACGGCUUGCACCUCUUCCGCAUAUGCAGCCCAAGUAGCAUACGCUCAGUGUGGCGGUCAAGGCUUCACAGGUGACAAGACUUGCGUCUCCGGCUACACCUGCGUAGCAAGCAACAACUACUACUCGCAAUGUCUACCUUCCGCCAACACCGCCCGUGUGUCCACCUCCAAAACCUCUGUCGCACCUGUCUCGACAUCAAAGGCUGCAGGUAGCGGUGGCAGCGGCAGUGGUACAACCUACAAAGCCUCGUUUACCCAAUACGGCAGCGGCGAUACCUUUGGCAGUGGCAAUUGCAACACCAAGACCACCGCUUGUGGUUUUUAUACCAGUGUAAGCUUUUUUAGCUCUUUCC